AUGGAGCUGUUCCCAGCGCACCCGGACUUGCAGCUGCAGAUCAGCCCUCCCACAGCCACCAAGCCAAUGGAGCUAGGGUCUUGGAAGAGGGCUCUAGACACCACGUCGCCUGCAACUACAACAGCGGCGGCGGCGGCGGCUACUGCCACGGCCACCACGGCCCCCUCCCUCGCCUUCGUCACCUCGGCGCCGACGACAGCCGUGGGAUACCACGCGGCGGUGGCGGCGGCGGGCGCGCACCACCAUCAUCAUCAGGUGCCGACGAGCACGCACUCCCACCUGGGCCUCCCGUUCUUGCAUUACACCCAGCCCAUCCUCCCGGAGGGCGGCGGCGGCGGUGGCCUCCGCCGGGACCUGGCCUCCAUGAGGCCCAUCCGGGGCAUCCCCGUGUACGACACCUCGCAGCCGCUCCCCUUCCUGCAGAGCCACCCGCACCACCACCACCACCACCACCACCCGCAUUGCUACGACGCGAUCGGCCACGGCGCCGGGCCGAGGUCCCCCAAGGCCGCGCUCCGUCUCGCGGGGGCGCCGGCGAAGCGGGGCGCGCGCGCCCCCCGGAUGCGGUGGACGACGUCGCUGCACGCGCGCUUCGUCCACGCCGUCGAGCUGCUCGGGGGCCACGAGAGAGCUACACCCAAGUCAGUUCUUGAGCUAAUGGACGUGAAGGAUCUGACCUUGGCCCAUGUCAAGUCGCACUUGCAGAUGUAUCGGACCAUCAAGACUACUGACCACAAGCCAGCUUCUGCUUCAUCCUAUGGGCAAGCGGCUGCUAAAACGAUCAUCGAUAUCCCCGACGACAACCUGUUUGACCUCACCAACACCACCAGCGGGUCUGAGUCGUCUGCUCAGCACUCUAAUCCUGACGGCAACGAGCAUGGCUCCAGCAUGUGUGCUCUCUGGUGCAACUCCUCGAUAAGCAGCAAAGGGGCCUGGUUCCAUGACAAAUCAAGAGAUGCCACUCCCGGCGACAUCAAAUCCUUCGAGGACGUGCAAUCACAAAGCCUUGACGAUGUCUCUGACCUAAACUCAUCGUCGCCGUUCCAAGUAGCUGGGAUGUUUGGAGGCAAGAAACCGAACCUCGACUUCACCCUAGGACGGAUAUAA